CAAGGUGUAACCAACAUGGCGGCGCCCAGCGAACAACGGUAUCUUCCAUGCGAUGACUUUAUGAAAUUCCAGGAUGCAUUAAAAAAGCUCCGGCUUAUAGAUGACAGAAUCAUACAUGCCCUAAACACAUCACUUCCUACACAAUCUUUCAGAGACAAAGUAAAUGUCUCCACAGAAUGUAAACGCUUGUAUGAAGAGAUGCAGGUAUCAUAUGACCAGCGGGACCAAUCAAUCCGCCAUUGUAUUGAGUUAGUUACAGAUGAUGUGAAAAAACUGAGGCAGAAGAAACUGGAUGCACCUGAUGAUGUUGAAAUCUUGAGAUCAUUAAGGAAGGAACAAACUAAAUUGAAGCUAAUGCAGCAAGAAAUGAGUAUAGAGGAAGUAGUGAAAGAUAGGACUCUGAAGGUAUUCUAUGAAAGAUGUCGAGACAGCUACACGCCACCGGCGGCUCCUAUAGUCUUGUAACCAUCAGCCAACAUUAGACCAGCAUUGUCGCAUAAAGAAUGAUUUUUUAAUUAAAAUGUAACUUUUACACUGCUGUA